AUGGAUAAGAAGCUUUUCGCAUGGUCACCUUGCAGUGGAUGGCUUUGUCUAGCUUCUCAAGUACAAUCGGCGGUUCAGAUCAACUUCUUCACACAUAAGGGGGUUCGUCUGGAAGAUGUGGUAGUACAGCGAAAGAGCUCCGCUUCUGCAAUCGCAUGGCAUCCUUUGGAUGUUCUGGUGGCCAUCGCUUGGACUGAUGGACUGUUGGCGAUUCUCUCGCCGGAAACUAGCAUAGAGUUCAACGUGGACGAGGAGCUGAAAAGUAAGGUGACGUUUCUGCAGUGGAGUGCCGAUGGCAAGUGGCUUUGGGCUGUUUUAGAGGAUGGAAAAUGCAUUGUGUACAAAUUGGUUACCAAUAGUUCGACAGAAAAAUGCGGCGAAUGCAGCGUAGGCGACAAGCCGACCGCAGCUUGCAAGAGAGUGAAGGCGACACAACCAGGCCAACUCACCGGCGAAGAUGGUCGCGCCUUGAGUCAAACACCAAAAGAAGAGACGCUUGACUAUCGUAUUGAUUUUCUUGCUUACUAUGACCAAAAGGCGCUACUAAUCGCGUUGACGAGUGACAUGAUGCUCUACCAUCUGACCAUUAUGCCAGACUCCACAGCUGUUGAAAAGCUAAAGGUGAAACUAAAUGGUAAAGGGAAUCCUGCGAUCGUGCUUCGAGAGAACCUUCUCCUCAUUUGUCAUCAGGAGAGAGAUCUACGAGUAGGGGUUCUCGAAACGGAGGAAAAUGGCACGAUCUCACUUCAACCAUCCAAAGGUUUCGAGGCGGACGAUGUCAUCCUAUGUGUGGAUUACUCUAAACGGAAAGGGAUGAUUUCGGCAGGAACAACGAAAGGCAAAGUGGCCAAUUGGAAACGGCGACCUGGCGAGUCAUCGGUAGAGAACACUUGGCGUCUUCAAACAGGCAACCAACUUGCAGGAAAGAUAACUUCUAUCGAAUGGUGCCCGAUGUACUCGGCUUUAGCCGUGAAUACAGACGACGAGCUGACCAUUUUGCAGGAGGAGAAUAGUAUAAUCUGUUUAAGGAACAAGAUAGCCGCGAUUCAAAGCGGAACCUCGUCAUUUGUCCUCGUCAACGUCACGUCUGCUGUCCAUCAGGAUCUGAAGCUAAAUAUCACUGCUAGAGGCAUUUACGUGCAAGAGAAGCAGCUGGUUGUUUGGAGUGAAGACAUGGUAAUGACGUACGACGUGCAGACAUCGCUUGCCGCAAUUCCGUCGUCUGCGUUCAGCUGUCGAGCCGAAGACGUCGUUAUCUUUAAUCAGACUCUUUACUGCAUUGAAGGCGACAAAAUCAAUGUCCGAACUCUGCAGGGGACCGUUCGUCAGAUUCUUUCACUUCCCGAAAUGGAAGGCGACCCUGUUCAUUUUCACUCGAGCCGUCACUGGUUAGCUGUAGCAACUUCAGCCGGAUUUUUGAGGAUCUAUAACAUUGGUGGCAAAGAAGCCCGACAGGAACAUCACUCGAAAUAUGUGGUAGAAGCGCUGGAUGAAUUCUAUCGAUUCCUUUCGGUGAAAGUGAACGUGGCUGGAAACAGAAUCGCCUGCGCGUACUACGCUACACCUACAAAAAUUGGUGACAAAAUUGUCGUGUGGGAUGCCGAAGGUGACCUGAUCGUGCACUUCUCGUUCACCAUGGGAAUGACUGAUCAGCAACAGUACGAAGCAGAAGCUGAACUGGCCAGUUCACAAGGCCGACCGGUCACAGCUGCAGCGAGGAAAAUGGGGCGCGAACAAACACGAUUCCGUUUGCCGAUGCAUGAACCGGGACCGAUAUUUUGGGAUGAGACCGAUGAUCGAUUUCUGGUUUGUCACGCUCAGGCUUCGUCUCAACAUGUCGUGGAUGAUAUGAUACUGACCAUGUUCGUCACAUCGGACCACGGUAUCCAAAUGCAAGAUCUGUCGCGCAAGUCUCAUGCCUGCGACCUUUUAGUUGGCGUUUCGGUGCCGCAUCUGUAUUUCACGAAAAAGAUGGAAUUUGAAGAGGAGGAGGUACGAGGUGAGAAGUCCAUAGGGCGAUAUCUGAUUGCCCGAUCUCUGCGCGAGUUUUCUGGCGUUGAGAGCUGUGACCAAUCGACACGAAAAGGGAUGAUGGACUUUUGUUAUUAUCUCACGAUCGGUCAAAUGGACGAGGCUUUCAAAGCGAUUCGAUUUAUCAAAAGCGAGAGUGUUUGGGAACACAUGGCGUCGAUGAGCGUGAAGACUCGCCGUUUGGACGUCGCGGUUGUCUGCCUCGGCAAUAUGAAGAAUAUACGUGGCGCUAGAGCCCUUCGAAAGUCACAAGAGGCUGGCGAGAGCGAGGCGCUGCAAUGCGCCGCUUUGGCCGUAGAACUUGGCAUGCUGGAUGAAGCAGAAGCAAUUUAUGUGAAUGCGGGAAGAUACGACAUGGCGUUCGAAGUCGCUUCUCGACACGAUCGGAUUCAUCUCAGAAAUACCCAUUACAAUUACGCGAAAUAUCUGGAAAGAGCGGGAGCUCUUGAGCCGACUAUUGAGAAGGAACUUCAUGCGUGGUGGGCACGAUACCUCGAGAGUAUUGGCGAGUUGGAUGGAGCCAUGGUUUCCUACAGCGCUGCGAAAGACGUCAUGUCACUGGUGCGAAUCAAAUGCACUCAGGGAAAACUGGAUGAGGCGGCCAAUUUGGCCCUGGAGAGCAAUGAUCGCGCGGCUUGCUUCCAUCUCGCUCGAAUCUAUGAAGCCGAAGAGAACUACACGAAGGCUGUCGACUUCUACACCAGGGCGCAUGCCUACAAUAGCGCCAUCCGGCUGGUUAAGGAGCACGACAUGCGAGAUCUCUUGGCUAAUCUGUGUUUGAUGGCCGGAGGAAGUGAAAUCGUGGAAGCGGCGAGAUAUUUCGAGGAUAUUCCAGGAUACGUCCAUCAGGCUGUAAUGCUCUAUCAUAAGGCAGGAAUGGUCGGAAGAGCUCUUGAUCUUGCGUUUCGAGCGGAACAAUUCAGUGCGCUGGAUCUUGUCAUCAAAGACCUCAAUGCUGGAAGUGAUCCAAACGUGUUGAAGCGCGCGGCUGAGUUUUUCGCGAAUAAUCAAAACUACGAGAAAGCAGUUGAACUGCUUUGCAUGGCAAAAGAAUUCAAUGCCGCAAUCGAGGUGUGCCGAACACGAAAUGUUAGGCUGACAGAUAAAGUCUCCGAACUGAUGACUCCUACGAAAGAGACGACUCCGAAUGAGGCUGAAAGGAAGCGUCUACUCGAAAGCAUUGCUGAGCUUGGCGUGCAGCAAGGAAACUAUCAGUUUGCAGCCAAAAAGUUUACUCAAGCUGGCGAUAAGCUUCAGGCAAUGCGAGCCCUUCUGAAAUCUGGUGAUACUCAAAAGAUAGUGUUUUUCGCGAACACGGCAAGGAAUAAAGAAAUCUACAUUUUGGCUGCUAAUUAUUUACAGACAACCGAUUGGCAAGGAAAUGCCCAAGUCAUCCGUGAAAUCGAAACGUUUUAUUCCAAGGCACAUUCUCACCUUCACCUGGCCAACUUUUACAAAGCUUGCGCAUUUGUGAACAUCAACGACUUCUCGAAAGCUGCUGAAGCCUUGGAGCACGCAGAAACAACCAUCGACAGAGGACUUCAGGAAGCGUCGAGCGGUACAACUUCCUCCUCAACUAUCGCUGGACUAAACGCACUGAAGGAAGAGAUUGCCGGACAUCUGUCACAAUUGGCCAAGUUUGAAAAAAUCAAGGAGGUUUAUGCUACCGAUGAAAACGAUGCAGUCUUGCAACCUCAAACACUUGUUGAAAACGCCUCCGAGGAUUCAAUCAUACGUCCACGUCACAUUUAUGGCCUUCUUAUCGCUCACCACGCUGGUAAACACAACUACCGACCAGCCUAUCGUUGUAUACAGCAAUUACAAAAACUGCAGAAGAAUUUGGAUCUCACUACCAUCAUUGACGCAGAGCUCCUGGACAAAAUAUGCGACGAACUCCAAGUCCCACGGGUUACCUCUCAACAAAAAGAAGUUGAUUCGGACAAUGAGGUCGAAGGAGUCGAGUACAGUCACGCAAUGAAGAAGAGAGAGGCGUUGUUCUAG